UGAGCUUGACCUCACCUGGUUCUUGGCUGGCUCCACAUCCUUGUCCCCUUCCCUUGUCUGCAGUAACCCCCCAGCUAAUAUUACAGCCUGGUUUCUCGUUUUCUUUUUGCUUACGUUUUGCUCUUAAAAUCUCUUUAUUUUGAAUCCCUCCCCCAUAGGUCCAAAAAAAUCCUCAUCCCAAAGAAGAAGGAAAAAAAAGAAAAGAAAACCCAAACUUUUAAAUGGAUCCCUGCCACUUUGUAAGGAUCCUGGUGGGUAAUUUAGCCCUAAAAUUCCCAUCAACAGAGUCAUCUUCUUCAUGUUAUUGCAAGAUUAAACUCAAGAACUUCCCACACCAAGUAGCUACAAUCCCACAACAAGACAUAGAAACCAACAGCUGUUCUUCUCAGAAACCGUUGGCUGCUUGUUUUAGUCUUAGCAAGUCUCAGAUCGAUAACAUCGUCUCGAAAUGGGGUUCGUCGUAUAAAGUUUCCAUCGAGGUUUACGCCGGUGGCAGCGGAAGCGGCAGUACGUGUGGGUUGUCGUCCGGGAAAUUACUAGGGAAGGUCUCGGUGCCGUUGGAUCUACGCGGAGCUGAAUCAAGGCCGUGUGUGGCUCACAAUGGAUGGGUUACUAUAGGCAAAAAUGGAUCAUCUUUACAGUUGUGUUUAACGGUUAGAACCGAACGAGACCCAAGAUUCGUGUUCCAGUUCGGUGGUGAACCUGAAUGUAGUCCACAGGUUUUUCAAGUUCAAGGAAGUGUUAAACAAGCUGUUUUUACUUGCAAGUUUGGUUUUAGAAACACAAGCGACCGAAACCUAGGAUCAAGAUCCUCUUUGUCUGAAUCAAAAGCUCCAAGGAAAUGGCUACGUUCAUUAAAAACAGAUAAAGACCAGCCUUCUAAAGAACGAAAAGGGUGGUCAAUUACAAUCCAUAACCUUACUGGUUCACCGGUAGCAAUGGCGUCAAUGGUGACACCCUUCGUACCAUCUCCUGGUUCAGACAGGGUUACAAAAUCCAACCCCGGUGCAUGGUUAAUUCUCCGACCAGGUUGUGGAACAUGGAAACCUUGGGGUCGUCUCGAAGCUUGGCGUGAACCUAGUUUCACCGACGCCAUUGGAUACAGGUUCGACCUCUUCCACGACGAUAUCACUACCGCCGCAAGUGUAACAUCCACCGUCGCCAGCUCCACCAUCAACACCAAACUUGGCGGGAAAUUCACCGUGGAUAUGACAAGUUUAUCAACCCCAUUAAUAAGUCCACAAAGCAGUGGUGAUUUCGGGUCAGGAUCACGUUCCGGGUCAAGACCAGGAUCCGGAUCAGGAUCAGAUUUCGGGUUUUCGCCGCAAAAUCAAUUCAGGGGAGGGUUCGUGAUGUCAUCAACGGUGGAAGGAACGGGGAAAUGUAGUAAACCGGAAGUGGAAGUAGGGGUGCAUCACGUGACAUGCACGGAGGAUGCAGCAGCUUUCGUGGCAUUAGCAGCGGCUAUGGAUCUAAGUAUGGAUGCUUGUCGGUCUUUUAAUCAAAAGCUAAGGAAAGAACUGAGGCAACAGCAAACUCAGAACUUUGUCGUUUAAUCUAGUGGUGGUGGUGGGAAUUUUCUUGUCGUUUCUAGGUUUUGGUUUUAGUGGUUAAAGUAAAACUGAUCUGAGGUGUUCUUUUUGGGGGAUGAUUCAUUCGGCAGAUAAACUAACAGCAAAUCCCUUGAGCUGGAUUUUUUUAAUUAUUAUUUGUACAGUGCGGACAUGGCAUUCAUACUUUUUCCCUUUUUUUUAAUUUUAUUAAAUUAACUUUUUCUACUUCA